AAGAAUUUUGGCAACUUCAAAGAGCCAAUGGGAGCCUCCCUGGAGUUCUAGGAGGAGGGCUUCAAUAAAUCAGCACUACCGUCGACCAAUCCUGUUGACUGUGGGAGGACACAAACAUGCAAGGGGGUGUGUCUCUUAGACUGCGAGAUGUCGCUUCGUACGGUGUCCAACUCGGAGAGAGUAUUGGCAUGAUGAGCAUUGCUUUACUAUUUUGACAAGCCAUAUUACAGCGCUACUUUGGAACCUGGUUGUAAGCUAAUCAAUCUGUUUGAACUUUUAUUCACAAGACAUAAACCAGACGGGGAGAAGAAGUAGUUGGACUAAUUAGCCUACUAACCCAAAUUAAUAACCUAACUGUAAACUGACACAACAAGCUACGUAUACGUUUUCAUCUUUUUCAAUCCGAAAGGGUUUUUGCUUCUGGACAUGUGAAUCAAAGGAGUUACUGUGAACCCCUGAAAAUGAAGUUACUAGCAUCGGUUCUUUGUUGCUUCGGCUUUCUGCUCACUUCUGCGAUGUUUCGGACGAGCUCUUCACAAGCAGUAUGCGCGGGCACAGAGAACAAGCUGAGUACUCUGUCGGACCUGGAGCAGCAGUACCGCACAUUGAGAAAGUACUACGAGAACUGUGAGGUUGUCAUGGGUAACCUGGAGAUCACCAGCAUCGACCGCUCCAGAGACCUCUCCUUCCUCAGGUCUAUACGGGAGGUGACAGGCUAUGUGCUGGUGGCUCUGAACCAGUUUGACUACCUGCCGCUGGAGAACCUGAGGAUCAUCAGAGGAACUAAGAUGUAUGAAGACCGCUACGCUCUGGCAAUCUUCCUCAACUACCGCAGAGAUGGGAACUUUGGCCUGCGCCAGCUGGGACUGAAGAACCUCACAGAGAUCCUACAAGGCGGUGUGUAUGUCGACCAGAAUAAGUUCCUGUGCCAUGCAGACACCAUCCACUGGCAAGACAUCGUCAAGAACGCCCGCGUCAGCCCUCUGGUGGUGCCCACCAAUAGCAGUGUUACAUGCCAGAAGUGUCACAAAUCCUGUAACGGUCGCUGUUGGGGUCCCAAGGAGGACCAGUGUCAAAGCUUGACUAAGACUGUGUGUGCUGAGCAGUGUGACGGUCGCUGUUUCGGACCCUGGGUUAGUAACUGCUGCCAUCGCGAGUGUGCAGGGGGAUGCUCCGGACCCAAGGAUACAGACUGCUUCGCGUGCACCAACUUCAACGACAGCGGGGCGUGUGUGACCCAGUGUCCCCAGCCCUUUGUGUACAACCCUACCACCUUCCAGCUGGAAAGCAACCCCAGAGCCAAGUACACCUAUGGUGCCUUCUGCGUCAAGAAAUGCCCACAUAACUUUGUGGUGGACCACAGCUCCUGUGUGAGGGCUUGUCCCAGCAACAAGAUGGAGGUGGAGCAGAACCGCAUCAAGAUGUGCAUCGCCUGCACUGACAUCUGUCCUAAAGCUUGUGACGGUAUAGGUACAGCCAGUCUGCAGUCUGCUCAGACCGUGGACUCCAGCAACAUAGACAAGUUCACCAACUGUACCAAGAUCAAUGGAAACCUGGUCUUCCUCAUCACUGGCAUUAAAGGGGAUGUGUACCACAACAUUAAAGCUUUGGAUCCAGAGAAGCUGAAUGUGUUCCGGACUGUUAGGGAGAUCACAGGUUUCCUGAACAUCCAGUCGUGGCCAGAGAACAUGACAGACCUGAGUGUCUUCUCCAAUCUGGCAACCAUAGGAGGCAGAGCUCUAUACAGUGGUAUCUCUCUCCUUGUGUUGAAGCAGCAGUGGAUCUCAUCCCUCCAGCUCCAGUCCCUGAAUGAGAUCAGUGCUGGUAACGUGUACAUCACCAAUAACAGUCAGCUGUGCUACUACAACACCGUCAACUGGACCGGCCUGUUCAGAGCCAACAACCAGAAGGUCCUCAUACGCAACAACAGAGACCCUAAAGAGUGCACUACUGAGCAGAUGGUGUGUGACCCUCUGUGUUCGGAUGCUGGCUGCUGGGGGCCGGGACCAGACCAGUGCCUGUCCUGUCGCUACUUUAGUAGGGGACGCAUCUGUGUGGACACCUGCAAUCUCUAUGAAGGACUGACAGGCUCUAGGUCCAGGCAGCCGUCGGGACCCUUCGUGGUCGAGAAGCGUGAGGCCAGUUUGGAGAGGGAGGUGCGUGAGUAUGACAACGGCUCCGUGUGUGUGGAGUGUGAUGCCCAGUGUGAGAGAGCAGAUGGUGACUCCCUGACCUGUCAUGGCCCGGGUCCGGAUCACUGUGUAAAGUGUCUCCACUUUAAAGAUGGUCCUAACUGUGUGGAUAAGUGUCCCGACGGCCUUCAGGGGGCCAACAGCUUCAUCUUUAAAUAUGCCGAGGCCAACAACGAGUGUCAUCCCUGUCACUCUAACUGCACUCAGGGGUGUAUUGGACCCAGACUGCAGGACUGUAUUGGCAUGAUGGACAGGACUCCCCUGAUUGCAGCCGGGGUGAUAGGUGGCCUCUUCGUGGUGGUUAUCGUGGCUCUGAGCGUAGCCGUGUCCUUCCGCAGGAAGAGCAUCAAGAAGAAGAGAGCCCUGCGACGCUUCCUUGAGACAGAGUUGGUGGAGCCACUAACACCUAGUGGUACAGCCCCUAACCAGGCCCAGCUCCGCAUCCUCAAAGAGACUGAACUCAAGAGGGUCAAGAUACUGGGCUCGGGAGCCUUCGGCACCGUCUACAAGGGUAUCUGGGUCCCGGAGGGCGAGACUGUGAAGAUCCCAGUGGCCAUCAAGAUCCUGAACGAGGCAACGGGACCGAAGGCCAACGUGGAGUUCAUGGACGAGGCUCUGAUCAUGGCCAGCAUGGAACACCCCCACCUGGUCCGUCUCCUGGGGGUCUGCCUGAGCCCCACCAUCCAGCUGGUCACCCAGCUCAUGCCCCACGGUUGCCUGCUCGAUUACAUCCACGAACACAAGGACAACAUCGGCUCCCAGCUGCUGCUCAACUGGUGUGUUCAGAUCGCCAAGGGUAUGAUGUACCUGGAGGAGAGGAGACUGGUGCACAGAGACCUAGCAGCCCGUAACGUGUUGGUCAAGUCCCCCAACCACAUCAAGAUCACUGACUUUGGUCUGGCUCGGCUGCUGGACAUCAAUGAGAAGGAGUACAACGCUGACGGGGGCAAGAUGCCAAUCAAGUGGAUGGCCUUGGAGUGUAUUCACUACAGGAAGUUUACCCACCAGAGUGACGUGUGGAGCUAUGGGGUGACCAUUUGGGAACUGAUGACGUUCGGGGGGAAGCCGUAUGAUGGCAUCCCGACCCGGGACAUCCCAGACCUGUUGGAGAAGGGAGAGCGUCUUCCCCAACCUCCCAUCUGCACCAUAGAUGUAUACAUGGUCAUGGUGAAAUGUUGGAUGAUAGACGCAGACAGCAGGCCCAAGUUCAAGGAGCUGGCUGCAGAGUUCUGUAGGAUGGCCCGGGACCCCCAGCGCUACCUGGUCAUCCAGGGUGAUGACCGUAUGAAGCUGCCCAGCCCCAACGACAGUACGUUCUUCCAGAGCCUGCUGGAUGAGGAGGAACUGGAGGAUCUGAUGGAUGCUGAGGAGUACCUGGUUCCUCAGGCUUUUAAUAUCCCACCGCUGGCGUACACACCCAGGACACACGUUGAUUCCAACAGGAACCAGUUUGUGUACCAAGACCCUAGUUUCGAUAUGGAGGACAUGUUGGGGACCAUCCCGCGGGUGCUGUCCCUGUCCCCAGGGGACCAGUCUGCAGGGGGGCAGGGCGGUAGCGGCCCGGAGCACCAACGCUUCGAGGACCAGCGCUGUAACGGCACACUGAGGAAGCAGGCAAUUCCCCGGAACGCGGGACUUCCUGGUUCAGACGGAGCACCAGCCUCAGGUCCAGUGGAGAACAGCAGUGGACAGCGCUACAGUGCAGACCCAACCAUCAUGCUGGGGGAGAGAGGAGCUAGAGGAGACACCGACCAGGAUGGAUACCUGACCGCCAUGAGGGAGAAGGCCACCUCAGACUAUCUCAACCCUGUGGAGGAGAACCCAUUCGUGACCCGUCGGAGGAAUGGAGCUGCCCUAACCCUGGACAGCUGUAACCCCUAUCAGGUGGCACCCAGCGGCCCCCAACAGGCAGGCUCUGGCCCCAGAGUGGAGGACGAAUACGUCAACGAGCCCCUCUACCUCAACACCUUCCACAACCCCGGAGUGGGAGACUACAGUGACUACACCCUGAAGAAGAAUGGGUUCACUGGGGGACACAACCCUGCCCUCGCCACCCUGGUAAGCCAACCAGGCGUCAUUGGCCUCACUGCUGGUCAAUCAGGCACCGCCCAGGUAGGAAACCCUGGUCACAGCGUCCAGGCAGCCCACGCCCAUGGAGUCUCUGCACAACCAGGAUACUCUGUUCCUCCAGGCCUCGGUAUAGCCGGCGCCCACCCAGGCCACCCCUCCCACCCAGCCCACCCCGGGUAUACCCUUCACCCCGGCCUCACAGGCACCAUCAUGUUGGACAAGAAGAAUAGACAAGACAAGAACAAGACUUUUGACAAUCCAGAGUACUGGCAGCAUAGCCUCCCUCCCAAGGCCACCCUGCACAACCCUGAGUACUUGCAGGACUGCAGCACGCGCUUCUUCUACCGGCAGAACGGACGCAUCCGGCCCGCCGUGGCCGAGAACCAGGAGUACCUGACAGAGUUCGCCCUGAAACCUGGGACCGUGCUGCCGCCCCCACCCUACAGACAGAGGAACACUGUGGUGUAACGGGGAGGAGGAUGAGGAGGAAAGAGGGUCUGGUCCAGGAAAGGUGGAAGACAAGGGAGGAGGAGGGUAUGGAUGGGAGUCCCUCUCUCACUCAGCCACACAAUAUUUACGUAUCAACCCUGGUUCCCUUCACCAGCACUGGACUGACACAUCUGAACUGACACUGGAUUACAGUAACAUUACAGUAAUAUUAUAUUUUAAAACAUAGUGCUGAGAGCCUCCCACCUCCUACGAACCCAGGACUGAUGUUCUCCUCUCUGUCUGUCUAUGUCCUCUACACUGGAUUACAGUCACAUUACACAGAAGUACUACAGUAAUAUUACAGUAAUAUACACUGAAAGUUUUCACAGAUUCACCUGUAACCGAAUACCCGAGACCCGAUCUGGGACCCAAGUGGGGUCGGAUCCAGAAUUCUAAAUAAUGGGUCUGGGUCAGAUUUGAUAUGAUUGUCACGAGUCUCGUGUAUGUGUAAUUUUAACUAACUUGUCCGGAAGGACCGUAAAGAUCCAAACGCGACGGCUGCAGAAGAGAGGGAGAGAGAGAAAUUGAGUAAUUUAUGCUGCUACUCUGCUUUUCACGAGAGUGGUGCGUGUAGCUUGUUGUUGUUGCUGGCCAAUCAUAGGUCAUCAAAGCGGCAGUAGGCUACAGUCAUAGAGUCUCCUUGUGGGGCAAAAGUUAGGAGAUAGCUAAUCAAUGGAAGAUGGAAUUAAAAUGACAGAAUUAAAAGUUCGAGAAGGAUAGGCUACAAUGACCGAGAGCCAAUAGGUAGGCUGCUACUUUAUAUUCUAAAAGGAGUCAUUGUUGUUUGUAACUGUGUAGGACGAGACCGCGCAUGCAGCCUCAAUUAGCCUAGCUAGCUAGCUAGCUUAAGUAGCUGCUCUUGGUUGGAUUAACUCAAGGCAGGUACUACGUAAUCAUAUUCAAUGAUAAAUAACCUAGCUUUGGCAGCUAUUAGUCUACUAUAGUGCGAGUUGGCUUGGUUGGUUGCCAUCUUUCGUCUCUCCCUCCGUGCUCCCUGUGUCACUUGCUCACACUCACAGUAGCCUACACACACAGCACGGCCCCUGCUAGAGCAUCACCUCUCUCUACCUUCUCUCCCUCGCUCUUUAUCAGCUCCGGUUAAUAAAGUAGCUUAAAAAUGUACUUUUCUGCUGCUUCCCUCACUCAGAUUGGAUCCGACCAGGUCUAUACGGAACGGAUCUAGUUGUCCUCAGGUCCAUUUGGAAUGGGUCUCUAUAUUGAGAAAAAUAUAUUUAUGCAUAUUGGGUCCGGGUGGGAAGGCCCAGGUCCAUUUCGGAAUGUGUCCAACUUUUUGGACACGUCAAGGCAUUUAAUAUAAACUGUUGAGAGCCUCCCCCCACCCAAUAACCCAGGACUGGUUUGAUAAUUGACAGCCUCACCGGUCACUCUCAGCCCCAUUCUUAACUCCUCCGAUAAUGUGCCCAUUACUCACCCUCAGCCCCGCCCCUUCAGUGUUGAUUACAACAACAACAGAAGGCUACGUGAAAAGUUACAUGUAAUGACAAACAGUAUCGGUCUCUGUAGGUGUAAACAGACAGGAUGAAGGCCAAGGAACAAGGAACUUGAAGCACUUACACUUACAGUAUAUUGUUUGCUCAUGAUCUCUAAUAUAUUAUUUUAUUAUUAAUAAGAUUUGUGUAAGAACCAUGCAGUGAUUCACAAUCAAUACACUACACUGAAAGUCUUGGAGCAGCACAUUUUUCCAACUGGGUUAAAUGCAUAUUGUAGCAAUCCACCAUCCACACAUACAGGAAUGUCAUGAUAGCCGUUGGUGUGCAGUAUAUCAGGUUCAUAUAGGAGAACACGUAAUACAUCUGCGUAUACACUGCUGUUCCGUGACUGUCUCUCAAGCCCCAGCCACGCCAUACAUCUGUCACAUAAUGUGGAGUAUGCAUUCCUGUCCGCUGACUGGCUGGCUGGCUCUGUGUGGCAUCUUUGAUGUUGACAUGGUUCGAACCCCUCUGAAUAUGUAAUAGAAUUCGUACAUUUAUUAUACAGCUCCGCUCAUAUCAGCUAUAACAUGUUAAUUUGUAUCUCGCGAAAAAGGAAGAUGUGCUCCCAACCUUGACACAUCAAUAACCCUGUUCUAAUUCUAUAUACUUACAUGCACAAUAUAGACAUACAUGCAAGCAUGCACACAAAAACACACAUAUACACAUACACAGAGAAAGAGAUAACAUUAGCGCCGUGUGCAGUACGUUUCUGGACCAGGAGCUCCAUUGCCCUUGGGUUCUAAAGCAGUGGAGAUAACAGAAGCAAAGUCAGUGCAGCGCGAUGACAAGACAAAGCCAUUCAGCAAGUAAAUGCCACAAUGUUAUAUGUAUGCAAAGCUUGAAGGGGCUAUGCUGAACACAGUGAAAUACAGCAAGCAGAAAGUGGCACAGGAUUUAAGAGAGAAUAGGCUUAUCUGUAAGGAGAGGAUCGCCACCACCCAGCCAUGGUGUUCCUUCUAACCCACAUGACUUCUGAGGCAGACAAAUGACAAACCCCUGAAUCGAUGCAGUCAUAGAAUAUAAAUAGGAAACUGCUAUAUGUUGCAAUAUCUGUUUUUUACUGACAAACCCUCGCAGUCUGUCUGUUUGCUUCCCUAUCAGAGCUGGUUACAAAGACCUCAGGAAAGGACUGAUAAGAUGGGGACUGUACUCUAAACUAGACAGACAGACAGACAGACAGACAGACAGACAGACAGACAGACAGACAGACAGAGAAAGAGAUGGCAGGGUUGUGUUAAUUUGGUACCUAACAGAAGACAACAGACUGAAAUAGGGAGGCAUUAUCUGGACCUUGUGAAGCGGUUUGUUAAGGUGUCCCAUAAUGAACAUGACCCACGUGUGUGGAGAAAUGAAGGAUUCGAGGGGACUGGAUGGGUGGCAGGCAACAGACACCAGUUUUUCUGGGACGGGAGAGGCCUGAAAACUUGGUCUGGUCCUGGGCGUUAAGAAGCAUAACUAAGCCCCAAUGUGGUGGACACUACCCUGCAGGAGAGGAAUUGUGAGUGCUGGUCAAACUGAAUAGGAGAGCCUGAGAAGCUGAUCUGGUCUUGGGUUGGCCAUGGGUAGGGAGGAGUGAAGAAAGCAUGGAAAUACACUGGAUAUUAACCUAUUACUCGCCAAGUAGACUGUCCUCAUUACCAGACAUGUUCUGUGGAUUAACAGAACAUCAGAUAAGGACAGUUGAAAUGCUGUAUUUAUUACUAUAUUACAAAUAAAACAAGACUGUCUGAACACUAAACUGGUCCAUAAAACCAAGGCAUUUGCUCCACCACCAAAUUCCUCUCUCCCCUACUACGUAAAGUACAGUGCAUCCCCUCUUCAACAGUUUGGACUGGAGAAUAAAACUGUGGCAAAACAUUUGGAGAGAUGUCCUUCCUCCACAAUUACAUUGUCAUUAAGGAAACACAGAAGCUACAGCGAUCGAGGACAUUGAACACUUUUCUAUUCAUGUUUGAAAAUAAUGUUUAGAUAGCACAGGUAGACAGACCCCAUAUCUAUGGGAGGCCAGAUCCAUGUGUCUCAGAAUACUGCCAGAUCAUUCUUGUUUUCGCUGCUAGUAGAGGGGGAAUACUGUUAUCUAGAGAGAAAUAUUUUGAUUUUGGCCUUUUAGAUUUUUUGGCGAUUUGAUAGGACUUAUUAACCAUUCUGGCACAGCCAAACCUCUCUCUUCAUUGUUUCCCCAGCCAGAAGCACAUCCGAUUCUCCAUCGGUUCAUUUUAAUGAUGUUUUAUCUAUCGCAUUGCAGCUAGAGAAAAGGCAGAUAGCCUACUCCAUUUCACUGUUCAUUUUCUCUGCAUUGUGGCUUCUGUUUGUAAUUUCUCAGUGUGUUUGCAUAAUGAAGGACAAUCCACAGAUGGAGCACUUUAUUAAUAAUGAAGACAAGCAGCAGGGUAGACAAGCAGCAGGGUAGACAAGCAGCAGGGAAGACAAGCAGCAGGGAAGACAAGCAGCAGGGUAGACCAGCAGCAGGGUAGCCAAGCAGCAGGGAAGACAAGCAGCAGGGAAGACAAGCAGCAGGGUAGACAAGCAGCAGGGUAGACAAGCAGCAGGGUAGCCAAGCAGCAGGGUAGACAAGCAGCAGGGUAGACAAGCAGCAGGGUAGCCAAGCAGCAGGGUAGCCAAGCAGCAGGGUAGACAAGCAGCAGAGAAGACAAGCAGCAGGGUAGACAAGCAGCAGGGUAGACAAGCAGCAGGGUAGGCAAUCAGCAGGGUAGACAAGCACUAGGGUAGCCAAGAAGCAGGGUAGACAAGCAGCAGGGUAGACAAGCAGCAGGGUAGCCAAGCAGCAGGGAAGACAAGCAGCAGGGUAGACCAGCAGCAGGGUAGCCAAGCAGCAGGGAAGACAAGCAGCAGGGAAGACAAGCAGCAGGGUAGACAAGCAGCAGGGUAGACAAGCAGCAGGGAAGACAAGCAGCAGGGAAGACAAGCAGCAGGGUAGCCAAGCAGCAGGGAAGACAAGCAGCAGGGUAGACAAGCAGCAGGGUAGACAAGCAGCAGGGUAGCCAAGCAGCAGGGUAGCCAAGCAGCAGGGUAGCCAAGCAGCAGGGUAGCCAAGCAGCAGAGAAGACAAGCAGCAGAGAAGACAAGCAGCAGGGUAGACAAGCAGCAGGGUAGACAAGCAGCAGGGUAGACAAGCAGCAGGGUAGACAAGCAGCAGGGUAGGCAAUCAGCAGGGUAGACAAGCACUAGGGUAGCCAAGAAGCAGGGUAGACAAGCAGCAGGGUAGACAAGCAGCAGGGUAGACAAGCAGCAGGGAAGACAAGCAGCAGGGUAGACAAGCAGCAGAGAAGACAAGCAGCAGAGAAGACAAGCAGCAGGGUAGACAAGCAGCAGGGUAGACAAGCAGCAGGGUAGACAAGCAGCAGGGAAGACAAGCAGCAGGGAAGACAAGUAGCAGGGUAGACAAGCAGCAGGGUAGACAAGCAGCAGGGUAGACAAGCAACAGGUUAGACAAGCAGCAGGGAAGACAAGCAGCAGGGUAGACAAGCAGCAGGGAAGACAAGCAGCAGGGUAGACAAGCAGCAGGGUAGACAAGCAGCAGGGAAGAAAAGCAGCAGGGUAGACAAGCAGCAGUGUAGACAAGCAGCAGGGAAGACAAGCAGCAGGGUAGACAAGCAGCAGGGAAGACAAGCAGCAGGGUAGACAAGCAGCAGGGUAGACAAGCAGCAGGGUAGACAAGCAGCAGGGUAGACAAGCAGCAGAGAAGACAAGCAGCAGGGUAGACAAGCAGCAGGGUAGACAAGCAGCAGGGAAGACAAGCAGCAGGGUAGACAAGCAGCAGGGUAGACAAGCAGCAGGGUAGACAAGCAGCAGGGAAGACAAGUAGCAGGGUAGACAAGCAGCAGGGUAGACAAGCAGCAGGGUAGACAAGCAGCAGGGUAGACAAGCAGCAGGGUAGACAAGCAGCAGGGUAGACAAGCAGCAGAGAAGACAAGCAGCAGGGUAGACAAGCAGCAGGGUAGACAAGCAGCAGGGAAGACAAGCAGCAGGGUAGACAAGCAGCAGGGUAGACAAGCAGCAGGGUAGACAAGCAGCAGGGUAGACAAGCAGCAGGGAAGACAAGCAGCAGGGUAGACAAGCAGCAGGGUAGACAAGCAGCAGGGUAUAAGAGAGAAGGGUUAGUACAGCGUUUCCCAAACUCGGUCGUGGGGACCCCAAGGGGUGCAGCUUUUCGUUUUUACCCUAGCACUGCACAGCUGAUUCAAAUAAUCAAGGGGUGGAGACCCUGGGAAACCCUGGUCUAGAACCCUGGUCUAGAACCACUGACAGGAGGACUAGAAAUGCGUUCAUUGGCUCACCACUACCAUGAUAAUAGAAUGAAAAGUGGAAUGAAAAGGAGUAAAAAGUCAGGGAGAUUUUGGAGAAGCAUUGUGUUAUUUAUUUUUUAUUUUAGUCAAACAGAGAUGUUUCCUGGACGGUGUGUUUAUCUCCAGUUCUCUUCCUUAUUAAUUAAAAAUAUUACUUGCCAAGUGAGUUCCAGCUGAAGCACUUCAAAACUUAGUGGGGCAGCAGGUAGCCUAGUGUUUAAGUAACAUAAAGGUCGCUGGUUCAAAUCUCUGAGCCGACUAGGUGAAAACUGCCGAUGUGCCCUUGAGCAAGUCACUUAACACUAAUUGCUCCUGUAAGUUGCUCUGGAUAAGAGUGUCUGCUAAAUGACUAUGAUGUCAAUGUAAAAUGUUGUGAUAGGCUAGCUAGCUAGUAGGAAAAGCUACAUUGGCAGGUUCAUGAAAGUGGAUAUAUGCCUGUUUAUAUAGCUGAAGUAGUACAGAGCCUAGUCCUAGCGGACAAAACUACAUUGGUAGCAUCGCUACAGAGCUUAUAGUCCUUGCCAACAAAGCUACAUUGGAAGAACCAUGGGAAAAUAUAGAGCUGUUUAGAUAGCUGAUCAUGAGGCAUUACAGAGCCUAGUCCUUGUGGACACAGAACGCUACAGUGGUAGAAUUGCUAGAGAACUUAUAGUCCUUGCAGACAAUAUCCAUUGUUGGAUAUUAGGCCUGAUUGAAUCAGCUGUGUAUUGCUAGGUCAAAACGUUCUCAUUUUGGAGGAUAAAUUGAAUAGUUUUUCUGAUUUAUUAAAUAGGUUUUUUGAUUUAAGAUGAUUUAUUAAAUAGAUUUUCUGAUUUAAGAUGAUUCAUUAAAUAGGUUUUCUGAUUUAAGAUGAUUCAUUAAAUUUAAAUAGGUUUUCUUAUUUAAGAUCAUUAGUUUGAGAGCUAACAUUUACUGUAUCUGUAUGCAUUCUCCUUGUGUAAUGGAAGAUUGGAGUCUAUGUUCUAGUUGGAGAUUUUACUGACACGUUUUACCAGAGAUUAUGAACAUGGUCAUGGGGAUGUUGGUGCAAUAACAGCAUAUGAGAGUGAUGUUGGGAGGAGUCAUGAUGGAUCUCACUGGUCAGUUACAGACAGUCUAAAGGAGAAUACAACAUCAGUGGCCAGUUGCAUAAAAUACCUAUGGUAACGAGAAAUAAUCCCUCAAAGUAAACCCUUAUAUGAAGGUGUUGUAUGCAAUCAGACACAGGCUCUCAAAAUCCUAGCAUAGCAUCACACAGGGCUUUUAGCUAGCAGGGUGCUAUAGCUUUCCUUGUACACUAAAGCUGCUAUGUUCUGCUGUUCUGUUCCGUGGGGAAAUCAUGUCACCCAGCAUCUCCAUUUCCAGAGAAAUACUGGCGGACAGGGCAACAGUUUCCAAUCCUUAGCGGGGUAAACGGCAGAGAUAUUAGCAUUCCACAAAUGUUACGAGGUCAAUGCAUCAAUGUUACAAUAGGUUGUCUGAGAAUCAGCAUUUAGGCUCUGUGUUGCGCUAUAAUGGCAGCAAGGGAAGCCAGUUGAGUUUUACUUCAUCUCAAAAGAUGACUAAAGAAAUGUACACUACAUGACCAAAAAUAUGUUGAACCCUGCUCUUCGAACAUCUCUUUCCAAAAUCAUGGCCAUUAAUAUGGAGUUGGUCUCCACUUUGCUGCUAUAACAACCUCUACUCUUCUGGGAAGGCUUUCCACUAGGUGUUGGAACAUUGUUGCGGGGACUUGCUUCCAUUCAGACACAAGGGCGUUCCAAUUCAUCCCAAACGUGUUUGAUGGGGUGGAGGUCAGGGCUCUGUGCAGACCAGUCAAUUUCUUCCACACCGAUCUCGACAAAUCAUUUCUGUAUUCACCUCGCUUUGUUCACAGGGGCAUUGUCAUGCUGAAACAGGAAAGGGCCUCCGGAGAACGCAUUUCGGAGAACGCGUUUCCACUGCUCCAGAGUCCAAUGGUGGUGUGUUUUACACCACUCUAGCUGACGCUUGGCAUUGCGCAUGGUGAUCUUAGGCUUGUGUGCGGCUGCUCGGCCAUGGAUUUCCAUUUCAUGAUGCUCCUGACAAACCGUUCAUGUGCUGACGUUGCUUCCAGAAGCAGUUUGGAACUUGGUAGUGAGUAUUGCAACCGACAACAGACAAUUUUUAAGUGGUACGUGCUUCAACACUCGGAGGUCCUGUUCUGUGAGGUUGUGUGGCCUACCAUUUCGCGGCUGAGCCGAUGUUUCUCCUAGACGUUUCCACUUCACAAUAACAGCACUUACACAAACUAGCACUUUUACAAACUGACUUGUUGGAAAGGUGGCAUCCUAUGACGGUGCCACGUUAAAAGUCACUGAGCUCUUCAGUAAGGCCAUUCUACUGCCAAUGUUUGUCUAUGGCGAUUGCAUGGCUGUUUGAUCGAUGUUAUACACCUGACUGCAACUGGUGUGGCUGAAAUAGCCAAAUCCACAAAUUCAAAGGGGGUCCACAUACUUUUGUAUAUAUAAUGUACAGUAUGUAGCAAACACUGUUGUUGAAGUGGAAUGGUGUGCAUUUAAAAUCUGACUACCAUAAAGCAGCUAAAUGAGGAGCAACUUAAACAAGACCAAAAUGAUUUUGAAGAAGCGACCGGUGAGGAGUUUUAGAAGUGAGAGUCAUGAAUUUAAUUUAAUUUAAUGAAUUAUGUAUUUGAUGGUUGCUUUAGCAAAAUCGUUUAGGUACAAAAGGAGCUCAAAUAUUUCCUCUCUUUUAUUUCAACACUGAUUGUGCACACACAUUUUAAUCAACAAUGUUGAAAGUGUCACAUUUAUUUGAUUCAGCUACUAUUGUAUUUAUGGUUUUGGGGUAUAAUAAUCAAAACAGAUGUAACCAUGACAUCUGAAAGAGCAUUGUAAAUUGUGUUAAUGAUGAUGUUUCUUACUCUCAAUGGGGGGGAUUCAUAAUGGCAAUAGAUGGUUGUUUCUUUGACUGCGUUGCUGUGAGUUGGGGCACAGACAUUGUGGUGAAAGCCUCUUCCACGCUGUUGUAUUUCAAUGUUACUCUGAACUGGGUCCACUCCUGGAUCCACAACUUGGAGAAAAUACUUAAAGUACAUAAUGGAAAGAUUCCUGUAAUUUCUUACAAUACGAAAUAUUAAUUUCUAAGGUCAAUUCUUGCAAUUGUUAUGGUAUUGAAAUGUACAGUUUGAUCCAAUAAGCCUUUCCUGUUUCUUCAUGGACUGAAGUAUCCCAUUGCACAUAGAUGUGACUUAAAACCCUACAUAUACAAGUAAAUACUGUAUGAGAGGCUGCACUCAGUGCGUCUUGCAACUUGACACAAUGCUUAUUGUUUCAGUGAAGAUACGUCCCUGUUAUAUAACUGAUAACUGAUAUAUAACUGAUAUAUAACUGUUAUAUAACAAAUAAUAUUCAUACAAUUCAUCAUAUAUUAUAACACACAAAAACUGUACAUUUAUCACACUCAGCUAAUUUUACAGUGGUUCUAUAGUUUCUGAAUGAUGAAACAACAGGAAAAGACUGCCGUUGUAGAGGAAGCACAGUUUACAAUACAUGCUGGUUUGAUGGUAACACUAAACUAAUAUACGGGAGAGCAUUUUUUUUUAAAGGUCACACAGGCAAAAUACAGAAUUCCUGAUCAUUUUACUACUGUUCUUCAACCAAGAAAAUGUGAAUAGUAUUUUUAUAGAUAGUGGAAGAAUUGGCCAGGUGCAUUUGUAAAUAGUAGGAAAGCAAUGCUUUUUGGGCUGCCAUGUUUUCGAUUUAUCUUUUAUCCUUGGCAUAUUACUGCUUUUUGCUUAAUAUUUUUGUGUAUUAUCAGUUUACUUCUUGGUUUUUAUGUCUGUAUAUAUAUAUAUAUGUAUUUGACCCGUGAAUUCUGAUUUGAAAAAGCUUGCCGGCUUUCUAGUGCCCCGCUGUUUUCCUCGUAUCUGUAUUUAGCACAACUUGGUGGACUUUGUGUUUUAAAAACCUCUUGCUCACUGUAUAGAGGUGCUUUUCCUUGUUUUGGGUGUAUCUUUUAUCUUUCAGUUGCCUCUCCACCCCCCCCCCCCUCUCCUCUCCUUCCCCACUCCAUCCUCUCUAUCCUCCCCUUGCUAUCCUCUCCUCUCCCCCUCCCCUCUCCAUCCUCCCCUAUCCAUCCUCCCCUCUCCUUCCUCUCCAUCCUCCCCUCUCCCCUCUCCCCUCUCAUCCUCUUCUCUCCUUCUCCUCUCCAUCCUCUCCUCCCCCCUCCCCUCUCCAUCCUCUCUCACCCCCUCCCUACUCCAUCCUCUCCUCUCCUUCCCGUCUCCACUCUCUCCUUCCUCUCCUCUCCAUCCUCCCCUCUCAAUCGUCUCCUCCUUCCCUUCUCCAUCCUCCCCUCUCCAUCCUCUCCUCUCGUCUAGCCAUUUGAAUUUGUACAGAACCCACCCAUCAGAGAGACUCAGCCUAUGUUGUAAUACUGAUGAGUACUCCACUAUCCUUUAUUUACUGUAUAUUCCUCUCUCUCUCUCUAUUUGUCUUUCUCUCUCAACAUUCUUUCGUAUCAAUUUCACUGGUUUUCAUAAUCAAUAUGUAUUUAUUGCCUACCUGGGCUCCCGAGUGGGGCAGCGGUCUAAGGCACUGCAUCUAAGUGCCAGAGGCAUCACUACAGACCCUGGUUCGAUUCCAGGCUGUAUCACAACCGGCCGUGAUUGGGAGACCCAUAGGGCGGCGCACAAUUGGCCCAGCGUCAUCUGGGUUAGGGUUUGUUCUGAAUUGACUUGCCUUAAUUGACUUGCCUAGGUAAAUAAGCCUAUGGUCUGUGGAACCACUAUAGGCCUUGGAUAAUGCAUACAUACUGUACCCACAGACACAGUUUAACAAACCCAACCAGCCUUUGAUCUUGUUGGGCAGCCACAACAAGCCUCAAAUAAUGGUAAAUUGACUGGUGUACCUGCUGGGCUCCAGUCAAGGUCCCUGACCCCUGUUUUCUGAUGGAGCCAUCAGAUAAACCAAAUAGCUUGUUGGCUGGUUUAUACUGUAUAUUUAAAUUUACAUAUCAUUCAGUUGGUCUAUGGAUAAUGGUUUGGUUUAUUAAUUUGAUUCAUCAUGACUUCAUUGAUUGGUUGAUUGGGACUUGUUUGACUGUAGUAUCAGAAUGUCCUGGUCCAGGCUUCAGACAGAGCUCUAGCAGCAGACCUACUGACGCUUGGCUGAGGUUCCCAGGAGGAGAGCUCUAUUCUUUCUUUCCAUCCCUUUGCUUUACAGGCUGUUAUUGUUCGAAUAUACUUCAGCGCUGCUUCCAACUUGUUUUACCAUUCCCAAGGCUAUAGCAUUUUCCCGCAGUUUUGUUACAUGAAUCUGUCAAAAAUAUAUUUUUAAUUUAAUAUGAAUAAAUAUCAAUGCAAUAUUA